GGAACCCAGUUGAACCACUGUGAAAAACCGUUUGGUUAUAUUUUUUAACUGAAAAUGGACGAGGGUGAUCACUUUGUGGAAUCUGACCUGUCUUCAAAACGAAGUAUGAGUAACAAGGAAAGAUGUCCUGUUCAACCAGCACUUCCAGAUCAAUGCACGGAGGCCGUCGAAAUUGUGGAUAAGGACGCCAAUUCUAAUCAAGGACCGGAAAAUGGAUCAGCUGGGGAAUUCCUGAGUGAAUUUGUGAAGAAAGAUGCCAAGUUUUUGGAAGGGGUAGCAGGAGUUAAUAUGGUCACCUCUCAACCAAAAUUAGGUCAAAUUCAACGGAAGUGUCAAGAAAUGGCUGGAUGGGAGAAAGGGGGAUUUCCAGGUUCCGCGCCUGUGUCUAUGGACAUUCGAAACCUAAAUUUCCUCCGUCAAAAUCCAUAUAAAGUGGGGUUAAAAACUGACGGGACACGGUAUAUGACAUUAAUUGAUGGGAGGGGCGAAGUAUACAUGAUUGACAGAGACAACACUGUUUUUCAAGUGGCUAAUUUAGAUUUCCCAAAACGUAAAGAUUUAUCUGCCCAUAUACGCGAUACCUUGGUGGAUGGAGAAAUGAUUUUAGAUAUGGUGGAUGGAAAAUCUGUUCCACGUUACCGGUAUUUAAUUUGUGACAUUCUCCGAUUUGAAGGGCUAGAAGUGGGAAAAUCUCAUUUAGAUCGAAGAUCAUUUUAUAUUCAAACAGAAAUCAUUGGUCCUCGUCGUACCAAGAUUCAACAAGGAAUGCUGGAUGAGAACGUAUCAUUCAGUGUACAUUGUAAUUCAUUCUGGGAACUUACGAAAUCCAAAGAACUUUUAGAAGGAAAAAUUACCAACGAAAUCAGUCAUGAAGUAGAUGGACUUAUUUUCCAGCCGGUAUCCGAGCCUUACAGACCUGGUCGCUGUGGUGAUUUUUUAAAAUGGAAACCCCCAGAAUUGAAUUCAGUAGAUUUUAGACUGAAGAUCGUGAAGGAGAAUAAAGUUGGAUGUUUGCCAGAAACAAAGGGGCAUUUAUUUGUUAAUGGUCUGGAAUCAGCCUUCGGAGAAAUCAAGAUGACUAAAGAACUACGUCAGUUAGACAAUAAAAUAAUAGAGUGCAUGUGGGAUGGGAAGUACUGGAAAUACAUGCGACAAAGAACUGACAAGUCCUUUCCUAAUAAUUUAGAGACAGCUGAAGAAGUUUGUAAAAGUAUAAGAAAUCCUGUAACACAGGAGAUGCUCUUACAAACCAUCAGAAAUGAAAGAUGGAUACCAAGUACUGGUGAUGAUGAUAUAAAGCCAACUCCACCACCAAACAUAUCAGGACAUUAAAUAUUGCUUUAAAAUAUUUGAAAGAGACAAAAUUAUAUUCCAUGUAGUCUACUAAUACUAAGCAAAAUAAAAAAUUUCAAUCUGCCAA